AUGGGAAGUAAUAUAAACUUCAAGAAUUUGGGAAAUGAUUCACUGGCGGAAGGCAGUGGUGGAAGGCUGCCUGAUAGUUUUCCCUUGAGGCAGCAGCCAUUAAUGUAUUCAUUGACAUUUGAUGAGUUUCAGAGUAACAUGGGGAGUUUUGGAAAAGUUGGGUCAAUGAACAUAGAUGAGUUGGUUAAAAACAUUUGGAGUGCCGAGGAGAAUCAAACUAUGGGGUUCAUUAGUGGAGACGGUAGGGGGGAGAGAGGCGAGGAAGGGGGUGGCAAUUUGCAGAGGCAGGUAUCAUUGAAUCUUCCACGUACACUGAGUCAGAAGACGGUCGAUGAGGUUUGGAAGGAUAUUACUAAAGAGUAUGGUGUUGGGAAGGAUGGGAGUGGUAGUGUUGAUGACCCGAGCACAAUACCUCUGAGGGAACCAACUUUGGGUGAGAUGACACUUGAGGAUUUCUUAAUGAAAGCUGGGGUAGUGAGGGAAGAUGCUCAGUUGGCUGGAAAGCCUGAUGAUAUUGGAUUUUUUGGUAACUUGUCAUACACCGGGAAUAAUCUUGUUGAGGGAUUCGGAUGCCGAAAUGCAGAUGGGAAUGAGGGGGUGAUGGAUAAUAGAAUUGCGGAAAAUAGUAAGGAAACAGCCAUGAAAUCAACUAAUUCACUGUUGAAUGUAAAUGGGGUGAGAUCUACUACACAUUUAAAACCAAGUCAACAGCAGCCUCAGCCUCUACAGCAACGACAACUUUUUCCCAAGCAGCCUGUUUUGCCUUAUAGGUCUCCCUUGGGUAUAUCGAAUGGUGAUCAAUUCAGUAGUCCAAUAAUUAGGGGUGGGAUUGGUAGGCUUUGUGAUUCAGGAAUGAAUAAUAAUUUGGUCCAAAGUGCCACACUGCAGGGAAUGGUUGAUUUAGGAUCUGAGGUAGGAGGAGCUGCAAUGGGAUCCCCAGUCGUUUCAUCAGAUGGGCUCGCGAAGGAUAAUGGAGAUGCGUCUUCUAUGUUACCGGUACCAAAUAUGUUUAAUAGUGGUUUGAGGGGUAGGAGAAGCAGUGCUAUGGAGAAAGUUGUUGAAAGGCGGCAGAAGAGAAUGAUCAAGAACAGAGAGUCAGCAGCAAGAUCGCGGGCUCGAAAGCAGGCACACACUACGGAGUUGGAAGAAGAAGUUGCAAAACUGAAGGAAGAAAACGAUGAAUUGCGAAUAAAACUGGCAGAAAUUGUGGAAAUGCAGAGGAAUCAGGUCCUGGAGACGAUGAACCAACCGCGAACAAGCAAAAGACAGUGCUUGAGACGGACUCAGACAGGUCCAUGGUAA